AUGCGCUUGAUCAGCGUGGUGGGAGCGACGGCGGUGCCGCUGACUUGGGGCUGGAAGCAAUGGAAAUGGGAGGGCCAAGGCCCCGGCUCGCGGCGCGGGCAUUCCCUCGCGUUGCACGGGUCACGCGCCAUUAUCUUUGGAGGACGCGCGGACGACAUUCGAGUUCCUCAUGUCCCCAAAUCUUACGACACUGUGGAAACCAAAGGACGACUCGAGUUUUCCACAUACACCGAACAUCCUGUCAAAGACUCAUGCGUCGAUGAAUCAUGCACGGUGCCCAUCGGCGUAUACUACAACGACGUGUGGGCAUACGAUAUCAAUUGUACUCGAUAUGCAGACGACAGUUGCGUCGACAAGUCGUGGGUGCAGCUUCACGAAGGACUUCCUUGGGGCGGAUGCAACAUGCGGUACGGCGCCCUCGUGUGCCCCAAGCCGCCCGAACGCUGGUUUCACAAAGCCGAAGUGUUUCAAGACGCGAUGGUCAUCUACGGCGGAUUUGGAAUGCUCUGCACCGACUACUGCGACGAUAUGUGGCGGUUCAACUUUGACGACAACUCGUGGACAGAAUUGCACGAACUGGGCAACCCGGUCGGCCCUGGGAAGCGGUGGAAAUUUUCGUCGUCGGCGACCGCGACUUCCAUGUUCCUCUUUGGUGGGUAUCGCCUGUGGCACGGCUUUGCUCCUCAAAACAGCGAGGCCAACGCCUGGUCCGACUUGUCCGUGUACCCGCCGGGAGGUUACCUCGACGACUUGUGGCAGCUCCACGUUGGCAAUGGAUCAUGGGUGCAGCGGGUUCCAAAACCGACGUGCGACGCCUUGUCUGAGACGUGUUCGAUCGAGUGGCCGCCAGGUCGAGCCGGCCACGCGUCGGUGGUCUUGCGCGAUGGAUUGUACAUUUACGGCGGAUAUCGGACAUUCUUCCCGUAUCCUGCCACGGAUGGCCGUGGCGGCGGCCGUGGAGUGCUGGACGGCGCCAGUCCAGGGUACACCCCAUUUCCCACGAAUCCGUACUACCUCAGCGACCUGUGGGUGUACAACCUCUCGACGGGGGUGUGGAGAGAAAUGGCGCCUCGAUAUGGCACGAGGCCAGGGCCACGUGCAGAACAUUCCCUGGUCGCUGCCGGCGACGUGUUUGUCUUGUUUGGCGGGUAUCGCUCCAACUAUUACUACGAAGACACGUGGCACUUCAACACCACGGCGUCCCAGUGGCUUCAACAAGAAGCAUUUAUCCACGCAUUGUACCCACCCAACUGCACCGACGACCUGGCGGCGAGGGCCGAUGCAUUCAGCGGAACGUAUCGGCCGUACGUGGCCGUAAACGACACGUCCAAGUCGGUCGACCAGCUGGAGAAGGAAGCGCACUACGGCACAGCGACAUUCUCGGUGAUCGCGGUCCCGACCAGAGGUGUCGUCGGCGUCCCCGACACAUUCUAUGCUCAAGCCAGGCGGAAAGCUCCUGGGUGGGACGGAUGCCGCGACCGCAUCGAUCAACGCACCGACUUGCCGUGGAUGUUGCAGUGGUCGCGGCCAGCGCAGCGUGCGGGCCACAUGGCAGUCUACCACGCGGAAUAUCAACUCAUGCUGCUCUACGGCGGCUAUGGCGUGAUGCAAGAAGAACUGUAUACUGCCAACUCGUCGACGGCUGCUUUCACGUACGGCGACUGGUGGUCGUACAGUUUGGCCAACUGCAUCAAGAACUGCAGCUUGCACGGGGUGUGCUCGUACGGGCGGUGCAUUUGCGACGAAGGGUACUAUGGCGUCGACUGCUCCAACAUCACAUGCCCUGGAAGCGUGUGUGCAUUCAACGACAUGACAAAGGGCACGAGUUGCGUGCACUGCUGCUUCUCGGGAUUUGAGCACACGGACAACGACACAUACGUGCCCAACAUUCAAAAGGCGCCGUGCACACCAACCAACACGCACUACUCGAACGGCGUGUGCGACGGGUUUGGUCAGUGCAUUUGCCGACCGCCGUUCAUCGGGGCAGACUGUUCGAUUCGAAAUUGCGCGCACAAUUGCUCGGGCCACGGGUUUUGCAGCGCCGAGUUUCCGAUCUCGCGGUGUUUGUGCGAUCCUGGAUGGGCGGGCAAGUACUGCGAUCAGCGGGUGUGCUUGAACAACUGCUCGUAUCCAAAUGGCGUGUGUGUAAACGGGUCGUGCUUUUGCUCGAUGCUGUACGAGCCGUACAACAACACCCUCGAGUAUUUUCCGUUUCUCGGCGACGACUGCUCGUUCAUGCUGCCGUUCAACAGCGCCAGGCAAGCUUCGUUUGGACUGGCAUGGGUCGGAGCAAUCAUUGUGUACCUCGCAUGGGAAGCGCAUGGGUAG